AUGGAGGUGUACGCUAGGAAUGGUCGAGUCCCCUUGGCCCGCCGGCUAUUCGAAGAAAUGCCUCUUAGGGAUGUGGUAACUUGGACGUCCUUGUUAUCCAGCUAUGUUAGCGCGGGAGACUCUCCCGAGGCCUUCCACUUGUUCUGCCAAAUGCGAGCGGAGGAUCUUGAGGUGAAUCAAGUCACAAUGGCGGUCUUGCUUCGAGCAUGCUAUGGUUCUGAAGACAAGGUCGCAAGGUGCCAACUACAAGCAUUUGCGAACAAGGCAGGCCUCCAAAGUCAUGAGUUGCUUCAAAAUUCAAUUUUGAGCAUGUUCAGUAGAUUGGCUUGCUUCGAAGAGGUCAUGAAGUUUGUCAUCAUUCAAAACAGGAGCAUUGCCUCUUGGAAUAUCCUCCUAUCAUCCUACUCUUUCAUAGGGGAUGUUUCCAGAGUAGUCAAGUGCUAUAGGAAGAUGAGACUAGAGGUGACACCUAGCAAUGAGACUCUAACUUUGCCCAUCUCUGCAUUCGCCAAGUGUGAGCAUCUCCCUGGUGGAAGAGAGGUGAACAUGACUUCUAGUCCUUCAGGAGAAUCUUACAACCCAAAAAGUCCCGUGAAAAAUAAACAUCAAUGGUCUGCUAUAGAAGAUGCUGCACUUAUUGAAGCAUUGAUGCAAUUAAAUAAUGCUGGAGAUCUUAGAAAUAAGAAUGAGAAAGGUUUUAGGCCAGGACAUGGACAAAGCUACAACAAAUGCUUGAGAUACAAGUCAUUGACUUACUAUGAGGAACUUUCUAUCAUCUUUGGUGGAGACCGUGCAUCUGGGAAAGAUGCUCAAGUUCCUGCUGAUAUUGUGGAAGAAUUAGACAAAGUUACAGUUGAAAAUGAUGAAAGUGUUAGGACCAAAAGUAGCUAG